AUGUGCGUUGACUACACCGAUCUUAAUUGUGCUUGUCCAAAGGACUGCUACCCCCUCCCACGGAUCAACCAGUUGGCCGACGCAACGGCCGGUCACGCCCGCCUGUUGUUCAUGGACGCCUUCUUCGACUACAACCAGAUCAGAAUGGCACCCGAGGAUCAGCAGCACACUGCAUUCCUCACCGACCAAGGGGUAUACUUCUACAAGGUUAUGCCAUUCGGGCUGAAGAACGCCGGGGCUACGUAUCAAAGGACCGUGAACAAAAUGUUUGCUCACCAGAUUGGGAGAAACAUGGAGGUCUACGUCGACGAUAUGAUUGUGAAAAGUCACACGACCACGACUCACUUCUCCGACUUGGCCGAGACCUUCGACACGCUACGAAGGUAUAACAUGCGACUCAACUCCGCCAAGUGCGCCUUCGGUAUCAACUCGGGCAAAUUCCUCAUGUUCAUCAUACAUGAAAGGGGAAUCGAUGCGAACCCCGAAAAGGUACGGGCAAUCAUCGACAUGCAGGCCUCUCGGACAGUCAGGGAGUUGCAGCGCUUAAACGGGAGGCUCGCCGCCAUGUCAAGGUUCCUAUCCCGUUUCGGGCGACCGGUGCCUCCCCUUCUUCCGGGCUCUGAAGGAACCCAAGGACUUCGCGUGGACAGCGGAAUGCGAGGAGGCUUUCGCCCAUGUGAAGGAGCAUCUGGCGUCGCUCCCUUACCUCGCUUCGGGUGUCCCCUCGGGAAAAGCUGGCUACCGGUCUACUACACUAGCCAUGUCCUUAACGGACCCGAGGAGCGAUACCCUCCGAUCGAGAAACUGGCGCUGGCGCUCGUAUUUACCGCCCGGAAGCUGUGUCCCUACUUCCAAGCUCAUCCGAUCGAGUCAGUGGAGCUCGGUGAGUUCGAUAUUCAGUACAUCCCGAGGACUGCCAUCAAAGCACAGGUGGUGGCCGACUUCAUCUCAGAACUGACUCAGCCCGAGGGCGAGGAACUAGAACGCGUGAAGACGGGAUGGCUCCUCCGCAUGGAUGGAUCAUCCGGCCAAAAAGGCGUGGGGGCCAGGUUGGUGUUAGAAGCCCCCGACGGGCACUCGCUCGAGCGCUCCCUUCGCUUCGGAUUCAAGGCCACCAACAACGAGGCAGAGUACGAAGCGCUGCUGGCGGGGCUCAGAUUAGCUGUCGAAAUGCAAGUGGGCGACAUACACGUCCUCACCGAUUCACAGCUGGUCGCCGAAGAGCUCACCGGCGGGUAUGAGUCCCGGGACCCAACCAUGUCAAAGUAUCUGGUGGAGGUAAGAGCUCUCGCUGCCCAUUUUUCCCGCUUCACAUUAUCCAGGGUGCCGAGAUGCCAGAACGAGCGAGCGGACACGCUGGCAAAACUGGCCUUAAGAUCGGGUCCCGAGGGCGAGCCCGACGUGGAGGAAUUCCCCACCCGCGCCAUCACGGUCGCAGCGGUAGCCUCUGCUGGCCCCCUAACAACAUUGGUGCAGGAGGUGUUACAAUUCAAACGUCAUGGGAUGCUUCCCGAGGAUGAAAUCGUGGCUCGGCGCCUGCGCCGGACCCAGGCCUGGUACUGUGAAAUCAGCAGACGGUUAUACAGGAGGUCAUACUCACGCCCCCUCCUACGCUGCCUCGAGCCCGAAGAGGCUCAGUUGGUUCUCGUCGAGGUCCACGGUGGUAUUUGCGGUGAGCACAUAGGUGGGCGCACCCUGGCGUUUAAGAUACUUUGUCAAGGGUACUACUAG